AGAAAGCACCGCAUAGAUUGACACCUCAGCUGGACUCUUCAGCACUCUCAGUCCAGAGCUUUGAUUGCUUCCUCUAGAUGUGCAGGGCGGGUGGCUGAGACAUUACCCAUCCAUCCAUUGACAUUCUCAACUUUUCCACGUCAUCAGCAUUGCACAACCAAUCCGCCGUCUCCGCCCCGGUGGUGCACCUUCGGUUCAAUUUUGUUGGUUUCGAUUCGUUCCGGAAUCUUUAGAAACGGAUACCCUCCGAGGAGGCUUCAAUACAGCGACAGUUCAUGAUCGUUCGGGUGAUGCAGCACGUAUUCCUCAGAUCAGCAACAAUGUUAUUUACUUUAUGUGAUGCGUGUUAAUUUUGUCACUGCAUUGCUGCUGAAUCUGUGGAUAAUCCGCUUUGGCGACUCGCGCGAACCUGUGUUUCGAAUCUUGAGAAUCAGCUUGCGAUCAUGGAGGUUAUCUAUUACCGGGCACACCAAGUUCUUCGCCAAUCAUCGUGCUUGUGGUUGCCACCAGAACCGGCCAGGCCUGAUGAACAUGGGACGGGACCCCGACUUCUGCCGUUACUUAGGUGCAUGUCGUCUGUUUGUGUGGACAAAAGGGCUUGAUCCAUUAUCAGUAUGUAGCUGGGGAGUAAGACGCCAGAGAAUUAGAGUUCUUUGAAUAAGUCAAUACGCAUGAUAGCCGACAUAGGUCACAUCGCGGUACAUACGAUUUAUUAAUACAAUGAGGAGGACCACGAGCC